CAACAUUAUGAAUAUGAAAUGUUACCAUUUUUACGUGCAGUAGAAAAUCACUGCAAUCAUUUUCCCAGACUCUGUUUUGAGUAAUACAUACUCUUUGUUUUUCCAUUGGGAUGUAGAUGAAUUCACAUGGUGAUCAUCAUACCCCGUCAUUUUCUCAUAAUUAUCAGGAAAAAGUACAAGAUUGAUCCAUCUCUCCUCUGUGGAUGAGCCACUGCAUAAAAGUGUCACCUUUAAGCAAUUUCCAUGUCCAAAAAGUGGGUCGCAUGCUCUGUUUUUUUAGCUGUUGACUAGCCAUUAUUAAUCGGCCAUAGCAGAAGAAACUUUAUUAUGCUUUUUAACCAACAUAAAAUAAAAAUCAUAAAUCCCCAUAGGUCCCAGAAGAAAAUGCAAAAAGCAAAACCCGGGAAAGAUGUUUACAGCAUUUUUUACAGGUUUAUUAUCAUUCAUUCAUAAAAUAUAUGUCUAAUUGAAAACCCUUCAUUUAAGACAAAACGAAUACCCCACCAAACCACCCUUCAUGUCAUUCAAUGCUAUUGCAACCUCAUUUUUGCACAAUCUCGCAAGAAUUUAGAAAAAGGCCCCAUAACUUUCUAUUGGAUUCUCUUUGUUUUUAUUACUGUUCAUCACUCUCAUAAUUAAUGGAGAAACAGAGAAAGAAUUCAGCUUUGAUCUCCUUUCUUCUUCUCCUCCUUGUCCACAGAAUUCAGGCUUCACUCACGGUUGGUGGUGGCGUUGGCAUUGGCGUUGGCGUUGGUGGAGGUGGCGCCGGAGUUUGGAUGGGCGGCGGCGGUGGAGGUGGAGGAGGAAUGAUCAGCAACCCAAUGCCUUCAGCUGGUCCUUCAGAUGAGUCAAAGCUCAGUAAAGCUUACACUGCUCUUCAAGCAUGGAAGUCAGCCAUUACAGAAGAUCCAUUGGGGAUUUUGAAGAAUUGGGUCGGACCAAAUGUUUGUUCUUACAAAGGAGUGUUCUGUUCCAACACUCAAGAUUAUAUGGGUAAUCCAACUGGGCAAGUUAUUGCUGGUAUAGAUCUUAACCAUGCAAAUCUUCAGGGGAUUCUUGUUACAGAACUUUCUGUGCUCACGGAUUUGUCUCUGCUUCACCUCAACAGCAACAGGUUCACGGGUUCCAUUCCAGAAACUUUCAAAGAUCUUGUUUCUCUUACAGAAUUAGACCUCAGUAACAACCAAUUCUCUGGGCCAUUCCCUACUACCGUCCUCUUUAUUCCCAAUCUACUCUACUUAGACCUCAGAUUCAACACUUUCUCAGGCAACAUUCCUGAAGAUCUAUUCAACAAGAAACUCGACGCAAUCUUUCUAAACAACAACCAGUUUGAGGGUAAUCUUCCCCAAAAUUUGGGUAACUCUCCAGCUUCUGUGGUGAAUUUAGCUAACAAUAAGCUAACCGGUGAUAUUCCGUUCAGUUUUGGGUACACCGGGAUCAAAGAAAUCCUGUUCCUCAACAACCAGUUAACUGGUUGUAUCCCUGAAGGAGUGGGGCAAUGGACGGAUUUGCAAGUUCUUGAUGUUAGCUCCAACUCGUUGAUGGGACACUUGCCGGACAGCAUUUCUUGCUUGAACACAAUCGAGGUUCUCAAUUUUGCACACAACAAGCUAUCUGGGGUGUUGCCGGAUUUGGUCUGUUCGUUGAGAAACCUGCUGAAUUUGACAGUUGCUUACAAUUUCUUUUCUGGGUUCAACCAUGACUGCUCCAGGUUAAGCAUUGGGUUCGAUAUCUCGUUGAAUUGUAUACCGGGGAUCGGAAUGCAGAGGCCUGAGCCGGAAUGCUCUGUUAUUCCGGGAGGUGGGUUGAGUUGCCUGAGAAUUCCGACGCCGAAGCCGCUGGUUUGUGGGUCACUGUUCGGAAAUCAGAUGACUGAGAAAACUUCUCCAACCCCAUCACAUCAAUGAUAGAGGAAAGAGAGGCUACAACCAUGACCACUGACUGCCUUGUAUGGGCUGUCACUCAUUAACUGAAAGAGAGAAGCCAUGAACAGAGGCUCUUUCCAUUUGUUUAGUACUUUAUGAUGCUAAAAUUUCCACAUGCAAUUGUUUGAUUAAGAUUGUGGAUAACAACAUUAUUUUAUAUAGUAUUACUAUAUGAUAAUAUCUCUAGAGUUUUGGGUAAUUGGUGUCUUGUCUUCAAUAGAAAGAUUACUGCACUGCAGGGGUGACAAACAUUUUUUUGGCAGCUAGUGCACGGGGGGGUGAUCAAUUCAAUGAUGCGUUUGUUUAAUGAACGAAUGAAAUUUGCACUUUCUGAGGUAAUUUUUGUUUUGAUGCUCGAAAGCAUAUUUUGCCCAACACAAAUUUUGAGUCUUGAAUUAUGCACUCUCUCAAUCUCAGUGUCUUGCUCUGUUCAAUAAGGAUAUAGAUUCAUAACGUUCACG